AUGGAGAACCUGAUCUCGCUUGUCAAUAAGCUGCAACGCGCCUGCACGGCGCUCGGCGACCACGGAGAGGAGAGCGCCCUCCCCACCCUCUGGGACUCGCUACUGUCCAUUGCCGUCGUCGGAGGCCAGAGUGGUUCAAGCGCAUCUCAGUACAAGUGGGUAUACAAUUACCAGAUGCGGUUCUGUAUUUUGACAUUUGAACUCCUUUGGCACACUGUAGAGUUCGGGCAAAUCUUCAGUGCUGGAGAGCAUUGUUGGAAAGGAUUUCCUGCCCAGGGUUCAGGCAUUGUCACCCGUCGCCCACUGGUUCUGCAACUCCAUAGGAUUGAUGGGGACAGGGAGUAUGCAGAGUUCAUGCAUGUCCCCAGGAAGAGAUUCACCGAUUUCGGUAAUUCCUCUAUUCUUUGUCUUAUUUCCAAGUGCUAUGUUGCUGAUGAUAUUAAGAUUGAUGCAUGA